GCGGCGCGGGCGGGGCGGACUCCAAGCCGCGGAUCCUGCUUAUGGGGCUGCGGCGCAGCGGGAAGUCCUCCAUCCAGAAGGGACCUCCUUCCAUCUGCCCGUGCAAAUUCCUUUCUGGACAUCAGGGCACUAGAAAUAGUCUAAUAUUACCUCAAGAAAAAAAGGGGUUUACCAUGACUGGAAAAAAAAAAAUGGAGUUUGAAAACCCAUUCUGCAUAUGGACUUAUAGGUGGUGUUUCACAAGAUGUCUCCCAAUGAGACUCUGUUCUUGGAGAGUACCAACAAGAUCUACAAAGAUGAUAUUUCCAACAGUUCAUUUGUGAAUUUUCAAAUAUGGGAUUUUCCUGGACAGAUGGACUUUUUUGAUCCAACAUUUGAUUAUGAGAUGAUCUUCAGAGGAACAGGUGCUCUAAUAUAUGUUAUUGAUGCCCAGGAUGACUACAUGGAAGCUUUAACAAGACUCCACAUUACAGUUUCAAAAGCCUACAAGGUCAACCCAGAAAUGAACUUUGAAGUUUUUAUUCAUAAAGUUGAUGGUUUAUCAGAUGACCACAAAAUAGAAACUCAGAGGGAUAUUCAUCAGAGAGCUAAUGAUGACCUUACAGAUGCUGGGCUUGAGAAACUUCACCUUAGCUUUUAUUUGACCAGUAUCUAUGACCAUUCGAUAUUUGAAGCCUUCAGUAAAGUGGUACAGAAGCUCAUUCCGCAACUGCCAACACUGGAAAAUCUACUAAAUAUCUUUAUAUCAAAUUCAGGCAUUGAAAAAGCUUUUCUCUUCGAUGUAGUCAGCAAAAUCUACAUCGCAACAGACAGUUCCCCUGUGGACAUGCAGUCAUAUGAGUUGUGCUGUGACAUGAUUGAUGUAGUGAUAGAUGUUUCCUGUAUAUAUGGGUUAAAGGAAGAUGGCACUGGAAGUGCUUAUGAUAAAGAGUCAAUGGCAAUUAUCAAGCUCAAUAACACAACGGUCCUGUACUUAAAGGAAGUAACAAAGUUUUUGGCAUUAGUUUGCAUUCUUAGAGAAGAGAGUUUUGAGCGCAAAGGUCUGAUAGAUUACAAUUUUCAUUGCUUCCGCAAAGCCAUUCAUGAAGUCUUUGAAGUAGGUGUUGCAUCCCACAGAAUCUGCAACCAUCAGUCAAGCGUCUCAAAUAUGAAAGCAGUGACUCACAAUGGCACACCUCGGAAUGCAGUCUAGAGGAAACUGAAAGACGGAUAGACUUGUCAGCUCUUCACUCCAAAGUUUUGUGGAACAAGAGAAGAGUAGCCUGAAAGCCUGAAGUAUGUUUCACAGGAGAAGAGUGGCGCUAACUGUGGAACAGCAGCUUGUAACUGAUGUUGGACAACUGAAACUACUGUAAAAAUACUUUGAGGCCAGUGGAGUUAGAAAUGGCGGUUUGAAACCAGCUUUAUCACAAAUGCAGUGGUUUUUCAGUUUGGAGUCCUAUAUUAACAGUCAGUUUCUGACUGAUGGCCGGGUCAAAACUUACAAACGAUUGCAUUGAGUUUUGUGUGAAACACUGAAUAGUCACUUGCUCAACUUUUUUUUUUUUUUUUUUUAUCUUUAGAAUAUCCACUUUUGCUUCAGUUUACCCUUUUGUCAUUU